GUAGAGAUUGACUUGCCUCCAGAGGGGCAGAACUCUCAGGGCUUUCACUGUAUAUCUAAAGCUCUGUGCUUCUACAACAGAAGUAGGGCUGGAGGAGAAGUAAGAUAGAUCGACACCAUGAACUUCCUGUAUCUCCUGGUUUUGGCUCUUCUGUUAGUCGUACAGACCAGUGUGACUGCUUCUGUAAACUGUGGUCUUGGAUUUAUACAAGAUAAAGACGGUUGUGAAGAUGACAAUGAAUGUGAAGAAAAAGAAGAAAGAUGUGGUAACAAUUCAGUUUGUUACAACACAGAGGGUAGCUACUACUGUCAGUGUGAACCGGGCUACAAGGCGAAAUUAUUUAACUUCACUAUAGAUAAAGGUGGACCAUGCCAAGACAUCAACGAGUGUGAGGAGAAUAAAUCUAUCUGUGGUCCUAAUGCUGUUUGUUCUAACAAUGCCGGUUCCUAUCACUGUUCAUGUGAUACUGGUUUUGUGGCCAGCAACGGACAGGAGCACUUUAACACAAGACAGAGUGUUACAUGCAAAGAAACUAAAAGAAGUUCUGAAUACAUAACUCUGUGUGUUCCUGACGCUGAUAAGUCCAGUGCCAGAGAGCAGCAGCGGUUUAACCCGACUCUUCUCACAUUUCUACUAGUCAGUCACUGGAUACUGAAGACCUACUAGUGACAUAUUUUCUCAGGUUAAAUUUUUUUAAGCAAAUCUUACAGAUUAAUUCGUCAGAGCCACUUAGAAGACUUGUUUAAAGAAGAACAAAAAGAAACAUGUUUACUUAAAGCAGCAUGUAAAACCUUAAACCUCAUGAUAGCUGGGAUAUGAAGGUGGAAUGAUGGAAAUUCUCUGACACACAGGGCUUUUGUUUAUACUUCUUGAACUCGAAUAAAAUUUAUCUUCUGUGA